AUGUGGGAAUGCGCUGCUGCUCUGGACUACGACUCGUUCCGUAGCGACGUGGUGCCGUACAUCGGUGUGCUUGAUAUCUUUGGUUUUGAAGAUUUUGAGCCGAAAAACCGCAACUCGUUCGAGCAGUUGCUUAUCAACUACGCUAACGAGACACUGCAGAGUUUAUUCAACUCUUGCAUCUUCGAAGCCGAGCAGGAACUGUACAAAAGCGAACACAUUUAUCAUCCGACGAACCACUCACUCUCUUUCCCGUUUCCUCUCCCUGGCCAAGCGGUCAAAGUGAAAGACCCAGACAACGAGAUCGACUUCCUAGCUGAACAAGUAGCUCCCAGUGGUGACCUUGUGGCGUACUCAGACAACCGCGAGUGCUUGAACCUGAUCGCCAGUCGUCAUGGCGGUUUAUUUGCCACUAUCGACAAUGUGUCGCGUCUUCCAAUGCCGUCGGACCGGAAGCUUAAUGAGCGUCUGCAUACUUUAUUCAAGCGUCAUCCAUGCUUCCCAACGCCCCACCCGAAGGAUAUCCGUGAUACGUUCCUUAUCCGCCACUACGCGGGCACUGUGUCGUACACGAUCGACUCGUUCGUGGACAAGAACAACAAUAUCAUUUCGGACCAGUUCGAGGAGCUGUUGAAGAACUCUACCUCACGUGUACUACAAGACUUGACAGGUAACACGCGCAAUGGCAACCGUGCGCGCUCAGCUUCUACUGUAUCACUGAAAUCCGCUGGGCUAUCGCCUCUGGGUGGCGGGUCUGCGUCCUCGAAGCGACUGAAGGGAGGCAGCACGUCCAACCUAUUCUCCACACAGAUGAAAGGAUUGACUACUGAACUGGAGGGAACAAGCUGCAACUUCGUGCGCUGUAUCAAGCCCAACACACAGAUGAAGGUCGGUCAUUUCGACCGUCCAUUCGUCGUAGAGCAGCUACGAUGCUCGGGAACAGUCCAAGCCUGCGAAGUGCUGCGUGUCGGUCUGCCCACUCGUAUCCUGUACGCUGAAGUGGUCGACGUGUACCGUAACCUAUUACCGUUCAAGGUUUUCUGUCGCUUCGAGUCGAACGACAAGCUCUUCACGCAAGCGAUUCUAUGGGCCUACGACUUCCCCACCAACGCGUACCGAUUGGGUGACACUCGCUUGUUCUUCCGUACUGGCAAGAUCGAUCUGCUGGAUAAACUUCUCACCCCGGCGCCGUCUACCACUGAAAACUUGGGACAACAGUUGCUGCUUUAUUUACGCAAGAAACACUGGAUCAGUGUCACCACUGCCAUCAUCACGUUCAACGCGUUUAAGCGAAUUUUCCAGGAUGUUCGCUACCGACGUCGCGCGACGGUGAUCCAGUGUAUGGUGCGUCAGCAUCUGGCAAGGAAACGAGUGCGUAAGCUUCGCGUGCAGCUUCGGAUGCACAAGCUCUGGACGCGGAUGUCGCACCAAGCGCAGAUCAUGCACGCGUACCAGGACCGUCCGGAGGAUAAGAUGGUGUUGCUGGACAAGUUACUGGCCAAGAACUAUCUCCCUGUUAAGCAGCGCUGGCUGCUCAAGUGGCUGGGACCUCUGCAACGUGUGAUUUACUUGCAGAAGCGAUGGAAGAAGAUCACAGCGCAGUAUAUGGCCAAACGAGGUUUCUUGUGGUUGUUCGAGACUGUCCGUCGCAAGCGUAGCGCUCUACGAGUGCAGUCUCAUGUCCGUGCGAUGAUCGCAAGGACGCGCUUCCUGGAGCUCAAGAAGAAGGCGCUCGCUCGUCAUCGCUGGCACGCGGCGUACCUGAAGGUGAAGGUCUUUGGUCUGUUUAACCGACAGCUACGUCUGAUCCAUGUGGACCGGUUAGAGAAGGACAAUUCGACGUUGAUGAACAGUAUGGCUGCUGUAACGGAGAAGCUGGGUGAAGCACAGGAAGAAGCCAAGACGGCCAAGCUGCAGCUUAAGCAACUGCAAGUUUCGUUCGACGAAGUGAAGAUCGAAGCCAAGCAGCAACAACAGCGUGUCGAGGAACUGGAGCUGGCACUGCAAGCCAGAAGAUUCGAGGUCGCGGAGCUACGCAGACAGACAGGAGGAAGCCUCGUGGAGCGCAUCAUCCGCUUCUUUACGUGCAGUGCUGCCAUCUCGCCGCCGUCUUCGCCUCGUGGCAUGGUGACGCCUUCUCGUCUGCCUUCAUUGAAACGACAGACGCAGUCGGCGUCGGAGGAGACUUCAGACAAAGGCGAACGGAUCGUGUGGGCCACGCCGUUGAGUGAAGCUGUCAUGAUCCCGCAGGACGAAGACAGCAACACUACCAAGCGCCGUCUCAGCGUCACGGCAGUGAGCGAGGAGCCAGCGUUCGACGCGGAAGAAGAAGAAUUCCGCUCCAAGGACGCAGAUAUGCUGUGGUCUGUGUCCCGAUACAUCGCACGCGCAGUCGCUGUAUGA